AUGUCUUAUUUUUCCCACAAAAACAUUGUAGAUGACCUAAUUUCAAGUAAGCAUAGCUACUUGACUCACACUAUAAAUUCAACCUUACAGAAAAGUCGAAGAAUUUUAGAAGAAAGCAAGAAAUUAACACUUCUUCAUCAGCAAAGAAACCGCUUAUUCGGCCGUCAUAACUCUUUGUGGACUGAAAUUACAGAUAAAAUUGGAGAAAAAGCUUCUUUAUAUCAGACUUUUGAUAGAACUACCGAAGACUCUUUGUUUUCCAAGAGAGGGAAAUGCACUCCUAGUAUUUUGAGGAAUGAUAGAAGAGCAUUAUCAACUGAUAUAACUGAAGCUCCAGGCCUCGAAAAGACUAUAUCGAUGGACUCAAAAUCUCUGAAAAGGAUGAUUGAUGAACUUAAACAAGAAAAUUUGAAUCUAAAAAGAGAGAUGCAGUAUUCAAAGAGCAUUGGUGAAGAUCAUGAAAGGCUGAAAAGUCUCUAUGGGUCGAAAAGUCCAAUUGAGGAAAAACUGGACUAUACUCCAAGCUUAAAUUCAUAUAAUAAUCCAACUACGCUUGAAGAGAGAUAUAAGGAUCUUGAGGAAAAAUAUUUGUAUGAAAUUAGUAUUAAUGAAAGGUUAAGGGAAGAAAUUCGAAGCUUAAGCAAAAAAGGAAGUAUAAGAGGGAGAAUUAGUUCGCAAGAAUGUUUGAAUAAAAUUAAUCAAGUUGAAGGUAAGUUAAGAGAAAGCUUCAAAGAUUGUGAAGAUUUAACUCCCACUUUAUAUGAGAAGAAACGGAUAAAAUCUAUUAGUCUAUUGGCAAAUUUAUUUUCUUAUAGCUUUAAAAUAAUUUUUAUAAAUAUGCUUGAUGCAAAAUUUACCUAUAAUUCAUGAGGCUUUCAAUUUGAUAAAUUAACUUUAAAAAAAUUUAUAAGAUUUUUAUACUAUUAAAGGGUUUCAUAUGAAUAUUUUGUUCAAAAAUAUUUAAUCUAUUUAAAUUAGUAUAGAAUUUUUACUCAAAUUUAAAGGUGGGGAGUAAAAGAGAAAAUCAGAAUUUGCAAUAAGACAAGCUUAAAACCGAAGAAAAAAAUUUCAAAAUCCUCUAAAGCACUUUUAAGUCAAAGUUCAAAUACCAAAAAAGUAAAGACAAAAGGUAUAGUUUUGCAUUCAAAUAAAAAUUUAAAAACAAUAAAACGAAAAGUAAGUAAAAAAUAA